CAUCAAGGUGAGAUCCACUGUCAACUUCGACUGGCGCGUUCUUACUGGACUUUUUCUUCUUGGACGUGGUAAGACCCCAAAUAUCUUCAGUCUUAGGUUCCUCGAUUGAGUCCGGGAUGAGGCUGCCAUCAGCGUUCUUCUUCUUCUUCUUGUCCUUAUUGCUUGUUCCAAAAGUGGACCAGAAAUCGUCCUCGCCAGCUGCAUCACCAGCUUCCGGGACCGCCGGUGGAGGUGGAGGGUCUUCUUCAGGGAUCUUUUCCGGUUCCUUUUCCACUUCAAUCAGAGCGCUCGAAGCUGCUGUCAAAGUUUUUGUGACUUUCUUGGCUGCGCCCCAGAAGCUCCAGGCGCUGGUCUCUUCCACAGCUCGCGCCUUUGGCACGAUCACCGGUUCUGGCUCUGGCGCCGGUUUUUCAACUGCUGGUUCCGGUUUAGGAUCUGUUCGGUGAAAGUCAUCAGUCGUGGUUCAUGAGACAAAGCUUA